CAAGUGGGCAAAUUGUCGAAUAGGCUCAGGAAUAAUAAUUUUUGUUGCGUGUGUUGAUUUGUUUUGGUGCGUGCUUUUUUGCGCUUUUCACCGCUAAAAGGAUGGAAAAACUGAAGGAGAAAGGAUGGAAUCUCACAGAAGUUGGCUUCAGCAAGUUGACAGACAAUGGGAAGCAGAACGACGUGAAUUUUCUCAUAAAGCUGGCAUUAAAUACGGAUCUCCGGGAUGUUGGCCACAAUAUUCUUCCGGCUGAGCUGAAGGGCUCGAAGUACGACUUGCCGGCGGGUGGAGUCGUUGUGCAGGUGACCAAAGUGAGAAAUGUGGCGGCGCCGAGGGCGAAUGAGGAGAGCAAAACGGCGCCGAGACUCCUGCGGAUUCACUUCUCCGACGGUCAGGGAAUUGUGCCGGGCAUUGAGUACGAGUCACUGCCUCAGUUGAGUCUCAACACGGUGCCGGGCACGAAGGUACUGCUGAAGAAUGGCCCGAUCGCGGUGGCGAUGGGGAAUCUGCUGCUGAAGCCGGCGAAUGUGGAGCUUCUGGGCGGACAUGUGGAAGCUCUGGCUGAGAAGUGGGAAAUCUCGCGGACGAUGGCGAAGUUCGCCAAGGGCGGCGCCAGGGGAAACUCCGCGGCGCCGCCGUGGAUUCCAUUUGGCCAGAAGAUCGACACAAAGGCCGUGGAUUGCAACAUCAAGUCGCUGACGAAUGAUCCGGAGAAGGAGACGGCGAAGGAGAAUGUGGAGUUCAAUGCGCAGCGCAGUGAGGCGAUUGCGGAGGCUUCCAAGGCGGCGGCGGGGAAGAAGGUGUUCGGCGGCGGACAGAAGAUGAUGGAUCACAAUGUGCAGAAGAUCGUGGACAAGGGAUUCAGCGAGGAGGACGCGCACUAUGCGCUGAAGAUCAACCGGAAUGACUUGGGCCGCGCGAUAAGACACUUGAAGAGGCAGACUGGGGACGAGGAGAGACGCGAGGAGCGUCCGAGGCGCGGCGGUCGCGGUGGAUUCGGCAGAAAUGGCUUUGAAGGCGGCGGCGAGGAAGGCUCGGCGAAGCCUUCGGGGAAGAUUUCGCUGUUUGACUUCCUGGAGACGAAGCUGCCGGGUGAGCUGGCGGCGGAGAGUCUUCAGCCGCAGUACGUGCCGCCGCCCAGCUAUCGUCCGGACAUGCGCCGGCAGUAUCCGAUGGAGAGAGGCGGACGGAGGCAGGCCGGCGACUUCCGGAGGCCGCCUCGUGAGGGGCCGUCGUCGAACUAUGGCGAGAGGCGGCGCAAUGCGCCCCGCGGAGGCUCUCUGGCGGGACAGAUGGAGAGCCUGAGGAUUGACGAGAGAGGCAAGCAGGAUUUCAACAAGGCCUUCCCACAGAUUCCCAACGGAUUCGAUCCCAAUCGCAUCAUGGGUUUCCAGAACAAGGAGACGAAUGAGUUCGCGCGGAAUGUACUUAAGCAACAGCACCAGAGGCCUCAUCCGCCGCCCCAGCGCGAGGCGCCGACUGGAUUGUGGCAGUGGAGAGUCGGUGACAAAUGCCUGGCCAAGUACUGGGAAGAUGGGAAGUACUACAAUGCGGAAGUGACUGGAGUCACGGAGAAGACGUGCGUGGUGGCGUUUCUGGAUUAUGGGAAUUACGAGGAGGUGCUCAAGGAUGACUGCUUGCCGGUGACGAUGGAGGGCGAUGAGAGAGGCUUCGGCAGGCAGCAGUUCGGCGGCGGAAGGCCGCACAGACACGAGAGGCAACUCUAUGCGCCGCCGAGGAAGUGACUCUCGGCCGGAAAUAAACGAAAUUGUCUGAUUUGCAUCAUUUGAGAGAA